AUGAAUAGUAAAGUAAAUAAAGAUAAUUUAGAAAAAAAGACUGAAACUAUAAAUGAAAAACCUGUGGCUUUAAAAAAAUGUUCUGAUUUACAAAGAAUGAAAUUAGAAAAAUUGAUGAAAAAUUUUGACAAACCUGUAGUAAUUCCUGAAAGACCAAAAGAAAAGAGUAUGUCACAUGUUCCAGAAUUUAUAAGAAAUGUUAUGGGAUCAAGUGCAGGAGCAGGAAGUGGUGAAUUUCACGUUUAUAGACAUUUGAGAAGAAAAGAAUAUGCUAGGCAAAAAUACAUUCAACAAAAAAGUGAAAAAGAAAUGCUUGAUGAAGCAUAUAAAAAAAAAUUAGAAGAAAAUGCAAAAAUUUCUGAAGAAAGGACAGCUAAAAAAAGGGCUAAAAGACUGAAAAAAAAAGAAAAAAUGAAAAAUAGGAAAAAAAAACCCAAAAUUGAAAAUGAAACUUUAAAACAAAAAAGUGAAAACGAUGAUACCGAUGAAGAUUCUUCUGAUAAAGACGAAAAUGAUGCUAGUUGA